UUACAGGCUGGGAGUCUGGGGUGGAGGGCUCUAGCUUUUGGAGAGUGGAGUUUUGGCGAACCAAGACUGCAAGUGGCACCGUGGGAGAAACUCCUCCUUUAACCCUAAGGACACUGCAAGGGCCACUGGGGAAGAGGACAAGGCUGGAGAGGGUGGGAACAGCAUGCCAGAAGAGAGGAUAAGAGGCGGAAAUGAGGGGUGGGCGUGGUGGUGCGGGUGCUGACAUUGCCAUGAGAUGACGGCAGAGUCCGAGCUUUGGCAUUAGAGCGCUCUUGGCUACUUGCUCUGUGGCUCCGGGUGAGCUGCUUACUCUCUCUGAGCUUCUGUUGAUCAUGGGAAUAAUAAAAGCAACCACACAGGCAUAUAGUGAAGACUGAAUGUGAUAACGCACAGUGCCAGGCAGGUGGUAUGAGCCGUCUGUAAGGGUGGCUCUUCACUCUGAUCCUUGAAAUAUUCCAGCCUGAGCCCUGUAGCUUCAUCUUCUGUUCUGGGCACGCGUAAUGCAGGAUCCUUGGUUGUAAGCUACAGAAACCAUUUCAGGGGGGUUUAAGCAGAAAAGGAAUUUAUUUAAAAGAUGAUAGGAAAGCUCACAGAAGGCUGGAGGGCCAGGCUUGGAGAAUAGGGCGGAUCCAGCAAGGCUGGAAGGAGGCAGGACCACAGCCUAAUAUCACGCCCCAGGACCAGCCCAGCAAGGACUCUGUGGCCUUCUCUGAGCCCCUCUCUUUCCUCUGCUGCCUGGGAAGCUGGACGUGGCACCACAGCAUUGGCAGUGUGGUGUGUCCACUGACCUGCCACCUCAGGGCUACUGGCUUCUGAUCCACAUUUGGGUGGGGGCAUCUGAUUGCCCCAGUCCACGUGUGCCAGCAUUGGUACUGGGGAGGGGGCUGGAAACCACUCUGGCUUUUGUAGUGGGAGAUGCCUUUUGAUUCCUCAAGACUAAUGUGGGGGAAAAGUUUCAGACGCCAUUCAUCCAAAAAGCUAACACGUGUCUACACGGGAAACAAAAAUGCUUUGACAGUGGUCCCUGUGCUUGAGUUGCUCACAGACACAUAGGCAGACACUUGUGGUGGGAAGGGAUGGAGGCAGCUGCAGACGUAAGUGGCUGAGCUGGCAAAGGAACGCCAGCAACAGGCCCUCCACCCCCACGGUGGACAGUCUGAGACGGCCCUGUGUGCUCCUGGCUACCUGGGUGGCAUGGCUGGGGUGGAAACUGAUGACUGGGUGGGGCUGUGUCCCCCUGAGCCAGACUUGGACACACUAGAAUUUGUGUGAGGCUGGGCGUGACACACCUUGUCAUGCUCACAGGAAUAAUGAAAUUGCUCGGGCUAAAAAGCUGCAACCUGGCUGACGAGGCCUCCCUUUCGUAUCUAGUCAUGCUUUACACCCAUUCUGCUGCAUUCUUGAGUAAUCUCUUGCCCUCUUGGGGCCUCAGCUUUCCAUCCGGAUCAGAGGAUAGACUUGCUCAGGCUCAAGAGAUCCGAGACAGGACCAGGAGGAGGAAGGCGUGCUUGCUGCUCUGGGAGACCACUUGCCUCAUUCCAUAUCCUUCUAUCAGGUAGAGGGGAUAUGAAGGGAGAACCAGCUGCUCAAUUGGGUUAUUGCCACAAGACCAAGGCCUUGGGGGGGAUGGGGGACUCUCUGUCCUCAAGCCUGGACUUCCAGCUCUGCCAGGGUAACCAGGUCUUCUCAGCCUGCAGGCCACCUCCAGACACAGUGGAUGCUCAUGGCCCGUCCUGUGCCAGCUGGCUGUGCCCUGUGCCGCUGACACCGGCCAGGUCUUCCCUGCUGGCCUGCCCCCAGGGCCUGGACCUAUACCUGUGUGCCCUGCAGCCGGCAGCCCUGGGCACAGCCCCGCAGGGUCUCAGAGAGGACGCCUUAAGCAUGAAGCACCAGCCACCAGGGCUGCAUGCCAGCUCCACCAAUGACGAGAAACUCACAGCCAAGUACCCACCAUACAGGGACAAGAUGGGAAGCCAGCCUGAAAGAGCUGACAAAGGGACCCUCAGCCCAGCCUUCUCUCCUCACAGCAGCUCUUCCCCACCCUCCUGGCAGAACAGAAAGAGCCCUAGCCCCUUGGCUUUCUGCCCCUGCCCCCCUCCUGCCCCCAUCUCCAAGGUGGUCCCGUUCCACUUCUACCCCUUCUACCCUGGGCACUCACUUCUCCUGCCUCCACGCUACCUGUUCACCUAUGGGGCCCUACCUUCUGUCCAACGUCCCCACCUCUUCAUGCUACCCCAAGACACCUCCUGCCCCACCAUGGCUGUGCCCAGCUUGCUGAUGACAGUCAAUAAGCCCAGGCACCCCAGUGCCCCUACAGACACUCUGCUUCCCUACCCAGGGGCCUGCCAAGCCUCUGGCCAAGCCCCACCUUCACAGGCCCAGAAUCCAGGCCCUGGAGCUGCUCCAAGCUACUCCCCAGGGCUGGAGUGUGCUGGCGUGGUGGCCCCAGCAAAGCGGGCCCCACUGGGCUCCCAGACAGGCACAGCAGCACUGCCCUACCCGCUGAAGAAAGAGAAUGGCAAGAUCCUGUACAAGUGCAACGUGUGCAGCAAGAGCUUCGGGCAGCUCUCCAAUCUCAAGGUCCACCUGCGUGUGCACAGUGGGGAGCGCCCAUUCCAGUGUACCUUGUGCCAGAAGAGCUUCACCCAGCUUGCCCACCUGCAGAAGCACCACCUGGUGCACACUGGGGAGCGGCCCCACAAAUGCCCGACAUGCCACAAGUGCUUCAGCAGCUCCAGCAACCUCAAGACCCACCUGCGCCUGCACUCGGAGGCCCGGCCCUUCCAGUGCAGCGUCUGCCUGAGCCGCUUCUCCCAGCACGUCCACCUGAAGCUGCACCAUCGGCUGCACGCCCCAAGGCCCUGGGGCCUGGCUCACACCCAUCUGCCCCUGGCCCCUCUGGCCUACCCUGCCCCAUGGCACCAGGGAGCACUAGAUCUUGUAGUGGUGCCAUCAGAGAAAGAGAUGGGCUGGGACGUGGGCAGGGUCAAGGUGUCCUUGACAUCCCAGGGAAAUCAAGAGCAGCCAGCCUGAGUGGUGGUGCCAGGACUGCCCGGGGGAGGGGGGCGGGGAGAAUAAUUAAAGGAUUUUUUUCUCUAA